AUGAGGCUGUCAAUAUCGUGUGAUGCUUGUCGUCAGGCAAAAGUCAAAUGUCUUCAUGAAGGGCAACCGCCCUGUCAACGUUGCUUGAAGAACAAAAACCAAGAAUGCGAUUUGACAGAUCCCCGUGCCUCAAAACAGAGGACACGGGGAAAUAUCGUCUCAUCCAGGACCCCAAGAAAACGAAAAGCAUUGUCUGCCCUAUCUCCAAUGAUAGAAGAUGCAGAAAGAAGCACCCCUAGGAAUGUCACCGUGGCUCAAGACCUAUCCAAAGAUCCCAUAGCAGCGCUAUCGCCAGCAACCAUCAUCAGCGCAGUGGAAACCUACAGAAAAAAGUUCCCAAUUACCAAUUUUCUUCAUUACCCGUCUUUGAUCUCUGACAUAUCAUCCAACGUUCACUCGGUGGACUCCGUCUUUGUCGCCUCGGUCCUUUCCUUAUGCGUGCGGUUUAUGAACAGCGAUGAACUCGAGGAAGAAGAAACCUAUGCCGACUAUGCACGCAAGAACCUGGCCCAGCGCGUGCUUGAAGCCCCCUCGCUUUAUCUUGCCCAGUCCCUCGUGAUGAUCUCAUUUUAUGAGUGGGGCACUGGGCGACCUUAUCAAGCUUGGAUGUAUAGCGGCAUGGCGACAUAUAUGAUACAAUCCCUUCUGAAGAUGGCAGAUGAUAGCAUGGAACACAAUCCUCAAGAGUUUCAUGCAUCCCAAACACAAUACGAACAACUGGUCCGAACCUACUGGUGCUGCUUUGCCCAAGACUGCGAGCUGAGCUCCGGGGCCCGUCAGCACUUUGCGCUAUCAUUCUCUCAGAUCUCGGUCCCUCUCCCAAUCAGUGAUCGGGACUUCACAUUUAAUCAUACUCCAGCCAACAGGCUGAUGCCUGCUGAUAUGAAUAAAGACUGUCUGCUAGCGAAGAAUCUUACGAUUGAGCAUGGCCUGACAAUUGUCACUCGAGGGUUCGACAUAUUCGUACGAAUCCUAAGAUUUGCUAAUGAACAUCGACGAGCACUGGCUUCUUUGUCUUCAGAUGACUCGGCUACAUCUCCGCUCCUCUUGACUUGGCAAGUCCUCAAGAAGGAAUUGGAUGAAUGGAGGUUUCUUCAGGAUGUAACGGUUCAGUUCCCAGCUACCAGUGUUCAAUCGCACGUAGCACUCGGGUACGGGGAGCUGUUUGCAUACAUCAAUCUGGUUCAUUGCAUGAGCAUCCUUUUUCUCCAUCGGGACCGCUUCUUAUCCAACCUAAAGCCCCAUUCCGACGUUUUCCAUGACGCAAAUGAUGAUACCCAAGGCGAGCCCGAUACAAUCAAACAGCUAUUCGAAGCCGCUCAGCAGAUCGGAGGUAUCCUCAAUGCACUAGACGCCUCCGGCGCACCUAUAAUGUCACCAUAUUCCGGCUUCAGCGUCUUUGUCGCUGCUCAUAUCAACAUGUACGGAACAAUUGCCCCACAGCGAUAUCCGGGUGGUCUCAAACGGGCCGAAGAAGAAAAGAGUCGAAAUCUUGACUAUCUCGAGCGACUAAGUAAACUCUGGCCGGUUGGUCGCAGUUGGUGGCGAACAGUACAAGAGGCAAACCGAUUCUACGAAAUAGUCAAGAGUAACCAAUCCCACUCCGAGUCUGGAAUGCACAGCCCUAGGAGAUUCGCCCUCGCAGGUACCCUGGAUGAAUAUGGCGACAUCCGAUCUCGUCCAAGUAGAGACGCGUAUGCGACCAGGGCGCGAACCUCUGAAUCCCGUGAUACGCACAGUUCUCAUACUUGUGGAGGCACUUCAUCGUCGCCUGCUCUUGGUGAAACCAACUUUCUUCCCAGGGAGAAUGCUGCCAUUGGUAGUCACCAUGAUUUUGAAACCGAUAUGUUUCAAUGGCCAUUUAUUGAUGGAUCGUGGUCCCUUGGGUUUGAUGCGGGAUUGGAUGGGUUGUGGUAUAACUCAGGGUUAUUUGACCCAAAUCCAUCUCUUAGGUGA